AUGGGUGCAAUUAAAUGAGAAACACCCCUACUAUGGGCUCUUGGCUUUAUUUUGUUAUUUACAGUAGGUGGUCUAACAGGAAUUGUUCUAGCCAACUCGUCUCUUGAUAUUGUUCUUCACGAUACUUACUACGUAGUAGCACAUUUUCACUAUGUUCUAUCAAUAGGGUCAGUAUUUGCCAUUAUUGCCACAUUCAUUCACUGAUUCCCCUUAUUUUCAGGCUAUACACUCCACGAAACGUGAGCUAAAAUCCACUUUGGUGUAAUAUUUUUAGGAGUUAAUCUCACAUUCUUCCCACAACACUUCCUAGGGUUAGCAGGAAUACCACGACGUUAUUCAGACUAUCCAGAUGCCUAUACAGUUUGAAACACUAUUUCUUCUAUCGGCUCUCUAAUUUCUUUAUUUGCCGUAAUCAUAUUCCAAUUUAUUAUUUGAGAAGCAUUUUCGUCAAAACGUGAAGUUCUUUCAGUAGAACUGACUCAAACAAACGUUGAAUGGCUUCAUGGCUGUCCUCCCCCCCAUCACACUUUUGAAGAACCUGCAUCUGUUCAAUGUAACUAG